AUGACGGACCUCGUUCCACCACAAAUACCUAGCAUCCGAACAACAACUACGAUGUCAACCAAACCGAAGUCCCGAUGGGCGGACGACGAAGAAGAUGCAGCUUUAGAUGCGCAACGCAAACGGGAGAAAGAAGAAAGGAAGCGUCUAAAGGCUGAGAAACAGCGCAAGGCGGAGGAAGCUGCCCAGCUUGCCAAGCAGCAACAGGAACAAGCAGCGGAAGAGGCAGAGGCACAACCGCACCAGAGAGAGCUUUCCUCGAGGCCAGCGAAACGGCGGAAAUUAUCUCCAGAACGUGAAGCGGUUGCGCGGGAAGAGCUACCGCCUGCGAAGCUAUUACGGUUCCCAGCGCCAGGAUGGAAGAAGUGCAGGAGUGUGGAGGACUACGAAAAGCUGAAUGAUAUCGAGGAGGGUGCUUAUGGAUGGGUCUCACGGGCAAAAGAUACAGCUACGGGGAAGGUAGUUGCGUUGAAGAGACUGAAGAUGGAGAAUGCACAGGAUGGAAUACCUGUUACUGGACUGCGAGAGAUACAGACCUUAAUGGACUGUGAUCAUCCGAAUAUUGUAGCUCUGAGGGAAGUGGUUGUGAAUGAAGACGCGAGUAGGAUUGAAAGCAUCUUCCUCGUCCUUGACUUCCUCGAACACGACCUGAAAACCCUCCUCGAAGAUAUGAGCGAGCCCUUCCUAACCUCGGAAGUCAAAACCCUCCUUCUUCAGCUAACCUCCGGCGUUGCGUACCUCCACGAUAGCUGGAUCCUUCACCGCGAUCUCAAAACUUCCAACCUCCUCCUUAACAACCGCGGCGUCCUUAAAAUCGCAGAUUUUGGCAUGGCCCGCUACUUUGGCGACCCGCCACCAAAGAUGACUCAAUUAGUAGUAACACUCUGGUACCGCGCUCCUGAACUCCUCCUGGGCGCCGAACGCUACGGAACCGCAAUAGAUAUGUGGAGUAUCGGGUGCAUAUUCGGUGAGUUGCUGACCAAAGAGCCACUAUUACAAGGGAAGAACGAAGUGGAUGAACUAUCCAAAAUCUUCGAACUCUGCGGAAUCCCUACAGAAACAAGUUGGCCUAGUUUUAGGCGUCUUCCAAAUGCACGCUCCCUACGACUUCCCAAGAACCCCGUCGCGCAGGGCUCUGUGCUUCGCGCGAAAUUCCCAUUCCUUACUUCGGAAGGGAGUAGGUUGCUGGUUGGUUUGUUGAGUCUGAAUCCCGAGAAGAGACCUAGUACAAAAGAGAUGCUGGAUCAUCCAUUCUUUAAGGAGGAUCCUAAGCCGAAGAAUAGAGAGAUGUUCCCAACGUUUCCAAGUAAGGCGGGGCUAGAGAAGAGGAGAAGGAGGGGCACGCCCAAUGCACCUGGCAGAGGCAAGGCGAGAGAGAUUGGGGAGGUGGAUUUUAGAGGUAUUUUUGGUGGGAGGGAAGAGGAGGAGAAAGGUGGCGGAUUUGCUUUGAAGUUGAUCUGA